CCUAACAAUGAUAUAAAUAGGGUUGAUAACACUCAUGGGAACGGUAAAAAGAGGGCUGAUGAAAGUUCUUCUGAAACAGAAGAGUCUAGUGAAGAUGAAAGUGACUUCUAUACCUUUCAUUUAGCAACUGAUUCUUAGGGUGAUGUUGAGGGUGAUGCUGAGGGUGAUGAGAUAAAUACUGAGAGUGAUAAAGAUUAUGAGGCUAUUUCUAAAUAUGAUGAUAAUGAUGAUACAGAUGAGUCAUUAUAUGGUUCUGAUGAGGAUACUGUUGGAGAGACAAGUGACCUAGAACCUGAAGUUGUUGUUGUUAGACAGGCUAAAGUGAAUGCAAAAAGUAGUAAAUUAAGAUCUUCUGAAGUUAAUACUGAUGAGAUACCUAGUGGACCUGUAGGUAUAGACCCUGGUUUUGAAGACAUGUAUAAAGAUAGGGGAUCCAAAUAUGCUGGAAAGUUGGGAGGGGAUGAGCAAUAUCUGGACAGUUCAGAUCCAGGUAGUGAGGAUACAGAUGAUGAAGUAGAUGAAGAAGAUGUGGUGCAUAACCCUCAACCAAGAAGAUACAGCAGUAGGUUAUACUUUGAUCCUGCUUGUAAGAAAAUUUGUUUGUAGUUGGAAAUGGUGUUUGAAAAUGUGAAACAACUCGGAUCUGCUUUGCAAGAUUAUGUUGUACAAAGAAGAGUUCAAAUUAAGUUGAGGCCUAAUGAACAACAUAGGGUUGGGGAAAAAUCUGUGAACUCAACAAGAUGUAGAUGGCAUAUUUUGGAAAGUUUGGAGGGACACACAGGAAAUUUCAUUGUCAAGAGCUACUAUCCUGUUCAUAAGUGUUUUAGAGCAACCAGAAACAAGAUGGCUAAUACAACAUGGGUAGCUAAACAUUUCAAGGACAAGAUUAUCAACCAACCUGACAUUAAACUUAGGAAGUUGCAGGUUUGAUUAGGAUAAAGUAUGGUGUGUAUGUGGGAAAAUCCAUAUGUGCUAGGGCUAAACAUCAGGUCAUGGGUCAGUAUCUUGGUGAUUACUAAAAAGGAGUUUGCUAGAAUAUAAGAUUAUGCUGACAUGUUGAGGUCUACAAAUCAUGGCAGCACUAUUGUUGUGAAGACCUCCAAUGAGACAAUACCUGGUACGGAGGUGUUUGUGGGUAUCUAUAUUUGUCUACAUGCUUGCAAAGUUGGUUGGUUGGAAGGGUGUAGAAAUGUUAUUGGCUUUGAUGGAGCAUUUCUGAAGGGUGUGUGUAAGGGUGAGCUACUAUCAUACAUUGGUAAAGAUGGUAACAACCAAAUGUACCCUGUUGCUUAGGUAGUGGUGGAAAAGGAGACAAAGCACACAUAGUUAUGGUUUUUUAGGUGCCUGAUGCAUGAUCUGCGGCUCACUGAAUCCCAAGGUGAGGGGCUGACCAUCAUUUUUGAUACGCAGAAGGGACUUGUUGCAUCUGUUUCUGAGUUGUUACCAAAUGCUAAGCACAGAAUGUGUGCAAGAUACAUAUGGAGCAACUGGAAACAAAAGUGGAAAGGAGAGGAAAAAAGGAAGAAGUUUUGGUCUUGUGCAAGGGCUUCAUUUGAAACAUAUUUGAAGGCUAAGAUAGAUGAGCUGGCAGAAUUAGGUGAUAGUAAGAUCAUUAAGGACUUGCUAAGAUACCCAAAACAUGUUGGUGUAGAGCAUUCUUCAAAGAUUAGAGUAAAUGUGAUUCUGUGGAGAACAACAUGUGUGAGACCUUUAACAGUUGGAUCUUGUCUGCUAGGCACAAGUCUAUCAUAACCAUGUUAGAAGAGAUUAGAGUGAAGGUGAUGGAGCGGAUGACUACCAUGAGAGAAUUUGCAACAAGGUGGAUUUCUGAUGUAUCUCCUAUAGCAAUGGGGUACAUAGAGGAACAAUCUCAAUAUUUUGUUAAGCAUGAAUUUAAAUGGAAUGGGGAUACUGGGUAUGAGAUACAACAUGGGGUUUACAAACAUAUUUUUGACUUCUCCAACAAUACAUGUACAUGUAGAUCAUGGCAGCUCAAAGGAAUACCAUGCUCCCAUGUAAUAUGUGCAAUAUUUUUUAAGAGAUUUGAGCCUGCUGACUAUGUAACCCACUGGUACAAGAAAGAAACAUACCUGAAGGAUUUUAGUUAUUACAUACAGCCAAUAACCAACAUGGAGAUGUGGCCAUCAACACAGAAUCCAACUGUUGAGCCUCCUGUGAUUACCAAGAUAUCUGGUAGACCUAAGAAAAAUAGAAAAAGAGCUCAAGAUGAACCUAAGAAGAAGUUUGGUAAGAUAUCAAGGAAAGGGACACCAAUGACAUGCUCUAAUUGUAAGACAGUAGGCCAUAACAAGAAGGGGUGUCCUAUCCUGAAAGGACAAGGAUUUGUAACAACAGGAACCAGUAAUGCUGGUGCUACUCAACGAUCACAGGCUGCUCAAACAACAGCUCAACAAUCAGGUCCUACAAGUGACUCUAGAACUGCCAGGGACAGAAAUACUCAACCAUCAGCUGUUGCAAGUGCAUUUGAUACUGGAAGUAUGAGAUCAAGAACUUUUGAGGAUAUUAUAGCUAGUAUUAGAGGAAGGCCAACAGGUAGUGGACUACGAGGAAGACCAAGAACUACUGGAUUUGGUAUAUUGUUUAGUGAUAUAGGAAUAAUGAUAGAAAGGUGUGGAGCAAGAGAUAGGGUACAUUCUUCUCCUACAAAAGUAGUGGAUGCUGGGCAGACCAAUAUCGAUCUUGGAUACAGUGCACCUAGACAAAGGUGGCAAGGAAGAAAUGCUAUAUCACAAAGGCAACUUCAACAACUGUUGAAGAGAAGACAAAUUCAAGCAAGCCUUAACCAACCUCAAGUCCAUUCUUCAUCUCAGCCAAGCCAGUCUCCAUGUCCAAACUUGAGCCAAUCUCAGCAAAACAUCAACCAAUCUCAACCUUGAAGCUGACUAAAUGUUUGUUUUUGUGGUAACUUAAGUCUGUUAGUUGCAGAACUUAAUUUGUAGGUUAACUUAAGUCGGUUUAACUAUGACUUUUCUUUUGGUACAAUGUUUAAACUAUUUCUGCUACUAGCCAGCAGUUCAGUGCUAAUUUUGUCAACCAAGAAGGCUGAUUGAACUUGGUUGUUUAUAUA